UCGCACUUAUUGUUCCACCUGGUGACGUAUCAUUGUCUUUGCAGAUAAGGAGGGAAAGAAAAAAAAAACCAGAUGCGAGUUAAAAAUAAGAAGGAAUUGCAAGAUCGAGGACGCGAGUUUGGGCCCGGCGUCGCGACGCCCGUUCACGCGAUCGGCCGCGGCUACACACGCGCGUAUCGACGCGUGUACACACGCGAGUAAUCGAAUCAAGGUCCUGGGCUCUAUAAAUAAUACAUUCGUCGUCCAGGAGUGACGUUGCAACGGGGUCCGGGGGUCUAGUCGACGCCGGGCGCCGCGACGCUCUUGACGCGCGGCACUGUGUGCGUCUCGCGUGUGAACGCGAGGCCGCGUCGCGUGUGCGACCGCGACGCACGUGCGCGCGCGUAAAAGCGGAUCUCGCUAACUCCCUGAAUCACUGGUUUGGCUCGAUUACAAGUCGCUCCUGUAACUCUUGCCAACGGCAGGAGGAAGCGACGACGACUCUGCCUCCUCUUCCUCCUCUUCCUAUUUAUCCAUGCAACUCGGAAUGCUUGGCACUUUUUCCGAGGCGAAUCGUGCCAUGUAACGCGACGCCGCUGCUAAAUUAUGAACCCCACUUGACACCUUCGCCGGAUUGUGCGUCGUUGUUAAUUUGACGACUCCCUUAAGAGGAAAGUUCGGCACGGUGUACAGGUGUAAAGAAAAGUCGAGCGGCUUGGAUUUGGCCGCGAAGGUGGUGAACACUUCGAGGAAAGAAGACAGAAGAUCCGUGGAAAGAGAAGUUGGGAUCAUGAGGAAGCUUCAGCAUCCAAGACUUAUACAGCUAUACGAUGCCAUUGACACUGGGAAGCAAAUUUAUGUCGUCUUGGAGCUGAUCACGGGCGGAGAACUUUUCGAAAGAGUCAUCGACGACGACUUCGUCUUGACCGAAAGAAGCUGCGCGGUUUUCAUGAGACAGAUCUGCGAGGGAAUAGAAUUCGUCCACGCCCAGAACAUUCUGCACCUAGACAUGAAGCCGGAGAAUAUAUUGUGCCUGACGAAGGAGGGAAACAGGAUAAAAAUCAUAGAUUUCGGAUUGGCGAGACAGUACGAUCCCACGAAGAAGUUACAGGUUCUUUUCGGCACGCCGGAAUUCGUUGCCCCAGAAGUCGUGAACUUCGAUCAAAUUGGUUUUGGCACGGACAUGUGGAGCAUCGGUGUCAUAUGUUAUGUCCUCUUAUCAGGACUGUCACCGUUUAUGGGAGACACCGAUGUGGAGACAAUGGCUAACGUGACCAUAGCCAAGUACGACUUUGACCAUGAAGCUUUUACCGACAUAUCCGAAGAUGCGAAAGACUUCAUCCGAAGUCUCCUGAUAAAAGACAAAGAAAAGCGGCUCUCGGCGUCGCGGUGUCGCGAGCAUCGUUGGCUCGUUCAGAAGAAACUUCCGUCAUCUACGUCGGCCACGCCAAAGGUGGUCGUCAAGCCGGAAGUGUCUCAACCGGACGUAAAUCUCGGCAGAAGGGAGGAGCUGGACAUGACCAAGGACAAUCUGAGGCUGUUCGUGGAGCGAUGGCGCGAACAUCCCGACAGUCCUUACAUGAUCGAGGUGGAGGCGCCUCAAGGUAGAAGGUUGGUUAGCGACUUAGAACAAGAGAACACCAUAGAAGUCUCUUCGCUCCGUUGUGGAAGUCCCUCGCCCUGUGGAAGCCUCUGCAGUUCGGUGUCAGAGAUCGCCAAUUCUCCGGCAGAUAACACCAGAUUCCUGCUGCCUCCAACAUGGGGAUUUCCAUUCGAGAGGAGAGCCUCGGAUGGAACAUGUUCCAGGGAUGCAUCGGCGCAGAUAGUUCUCGCAGAAGAGAUCAUCAGACUUUCGGAACACCUGCGCUCUCUGGCUGCGGCUUCGAAAGUUGGCCCUGGAAGCCAGAAUCCACAGAAACUUAACGACCAGGAUAAGGUAAAUCCAUCCACGAGCGUCGAAAAGGACGCUGAUAAGGGUAAAAGCGAUAAAGUUAAGCAGAUAUCGCCCAAUCGACUGAGGGUACCGGGAAUGAAGACGGACGAUCGCCAGGUUGACGAGGUUUCUGGCAACGUGGCGAAGACUCUUGGGAAAAAGGAGCGACGAUUAAAUGAUAAGAUGGAUGUUGAGUCUUCUGGCUCUGCGAAAGAGAACAGGAAAGAGGGGAAGAGGGAGAAGUCGGUACAAGUCUCCUCUUCUAAAACGAAGCUGGUGGAACAGUCGGAGGAACAUGCUAACGAGAUCUCGGAGAAGCUUUCCACGAUCACCAGGCAGCGGCAGCUGAAAGGAACGACGUUUAACAGGUCCAGGACUGUUGAAAACGAUGUUGACGUGGAUGCUGGGAAGGUCAGAUCUGGAAGUGCAGAGAAAAAUUUCAAGUUGGAUGGAGAUACCGUGAAAAAGUCUCCUAAAGUCGUUGUGGAGGGUGGCGGCUCUUCCACUUCGGUUUCGGAUUUGGUUGAUUCACGGAACGCUGAUAAGAAGUUCAACUUGAAGGCUGAUACCUUCCUUAGACUCGAAGAUUUUGAUACUUCCGAUUGGGAAGAUCUGACUCCUCCGUGGAGGAAAGGAAGAGUUAAAAGGCGGUUCGGAGAAACUUGCAGAGAUGUGCCCAGGAUCUCCACUCUUAGGGACUUGCAUCAGGACCGGAACCUGGAUGAACCUACGAGUACGAAAAAUUUGUUGCUACAACUUUUAGAAGAGUGGGGAGAUAUCACCAGACCUAGUGGAGUCGGCAGGAAAUCCGUUAGCGUGGAUUGGGGUGGAGAAGAGUCGGUAGCUAGGAGGUCCAUGAAUUCCUUGGCUGAAUAUUUUCAAUCCGAACAGCAAAAGUCAGCCCAAAGUGUCACGUCGAUUGCGUCUCCUCUGGCACAUCGCUGAUUCGUUUAGAAGUGCUCCAGAUUGUGGAACAACAUCAUGAAUGUUACAUUUGCAUUUUACAAAAAUACCCCGAAAAGAUUAACAAUUGGAAGGAGUCAUCGUGGUUAACUCGGAUACGAAGAAAGCUUUCGAAAGAGUUACUUUGCACGGAACAACGAAGGAGGAAGCUUCAACGGUCCAGGGACUAGAAAUACUCCUUAAUUGUAAAGAAAUAAAAUGAGAAGAUCGAGGGGAGAAUGCAAAUUAGUCUAGUAGAAAAGUAGUCCAUGGAAUAUUUGGAGAAGAUCCGAACGUCUAUUUGAUGUUCACUAGACGGAAGUGGUUACACGGGUCCAUAUUGGGUUCAGGGUCGUUCAAAUCAUUGGAGAUGAGGAAAGGGUCUAAAGUAUAUUUACAGUGGUUACGUGUGUGCUUUUAGGAGAAACUGGGUAAAAGUUGAGCUAAUGGCGGCUGAAAUCAAAGUUCAAGAUCUUGGACCAUGCUUAAUAUUAAGUAAUUUAUUAAAAAGAAUAAAAGAUUAACGAUG